AUGCCCCUUUAUAGGUGGCCUGUGCUUAGCCAUGCCUUAAGGUGGCCUGCCCGUAGGGGCUUACCCAGGAAAGAGGCUUGGCAUUACUUCUCUAUCUACAAGCAACGCGAGGAACACAGCGAAACUCUGUUGAAGCUGGCUAAACUGGAUUACAAUAUAGUACAAAAAUUGCAUCAGAAGGAUAUGAGCAGGGUCACAAAGUGGUGGAUAGACUUGGAUUUCACAACAAAGCUACCUUUCGCUCGAGACAGAGUGAUCGAAUGUUCGUGGGCAUUAGGAACAUUUUCUGAGCCACACUUCGUUUUUGCUAGAAAAGUACUGUCUAAAGCUAUGGCUAUGCUGUGUGUAAUGGAUGAUAUCUAUGAUGUGCAUGGCACAAUUGAGGAACUUGAGCUUUUCACCAAAGUGAUUGAAAGGUUAAUUUCUGGGAUAGUUAGCAAUGAAAGUCAACUUCGAUACAUGAAGGUGAAGAAGCAAGUUGGAGCCUACAUAAUUGAAGCAAGAUGGUUCAACAAUGAUUAUGUGCCAACAUUUGAAGAAUACAUUUCUAAUGCUGUGAUUAGUUCUACUUAUCCAAUAUUGAUAACCUUAUCAUUUUGUGCGAUGGGUGAAGUUGCUUCAAAGCAAGUAUUUGAUUGGCUAUUCACUGAACCUAAACUUCUAUAUACUGCAUCAGGUCUUGCAAGGCUCAUAGAUGACAUUAUGUCCCAUGAGUUUGAGCAAGAAAGAGGACAUGUUGCUUCCGCAGUAGAAUGUUGUAUGAAGCAAUAUGGUGUGUCAAAGCAGGAAGCUUACGAAAAGCUGAAUAAAAUAGUUGCCAAUAUUUGGAAAAAUUUGAACGAGGAGCUGAUGAAAGAAAUUGAUAUUCCAAAACCUAUUCUAAUGUGCAUUCUGAACAUUGUACGUGUAAUGGAUGUUGUGUACAAGGAUGAAGAUAGCUAUACCCACUCCAACACUUCUCUGAAGGAUAUUCUGGCUACCUUUUUAGUCAAUCCUGUGGCUGUUUAAGCAUUAAUCAAUUGC